GCCUCGGUCUCGCCGAGGAGAGGGGGCGGAUCUCCGAGAGAUAGUCAGCCAAGAUGGUGGUGGCGGCUGCGGCGGCGAGAGUUUGGGGAGCAAGUCGAGGCUUGGGACGGGCCGGCCUCCCGCUCCUGCGGCUGCUUGGGGCUCGUGGGCUGGCUAGAUCUCACCCCCACUGGUGGCAGCGACAGCAGCACUUCUCAUCCCUGGAUGACAAGCCGCAGUUCCCAGGGGCCUCAGCGGAGUUCAUAGAUAAGCUCGAAUUCAUCCAGCCCAAUGUCAUCUCUGGGAUCCCCAUCUACCGCGUCAUGGACCGGCAGGGCCAGAUCAUCAACCCCAGCGAGGAUCCUCAUCUGCCCCAGGAGAAGGUGCUCAAAUUCUACAAGAGCAUGACCCUGCUCAACACCAUGGACCGCAUCCUCUAUGAGUCCCAGAGGCAGGGCCGCAUAUCCUUCUACAUGACCAACUACGGCGAGGAGGGGACGCACGUGGGGAGCGCGGCAGCCCUGGACGACACAGACCUGGUGUUUGGCCAGUACCGGGAGGCAGGUGUGCUCAUGUACCGGGACUACCCCCUGGAGCUGUUCAUGGCCCAGUGCUACAGCAACGCGAGUGACCUGGGCAAGGGGCGCCAGAUGCCCGUCCACUACGGCUGCAGGGAGCGCCACUUCGUCACCAUCUCCUCUCCACUGGCCACGCAGAUCCCCCAGGCGGUUGGGGCGGCCUACGCGGCAAAGCGGGCCAACGCCAACAGAGUGGUCAUCUGUUACUUCGGAGAGGGGGCGGCCAGUGAGGGGGAUGCCCACGCCGGCUUCAACUUCGCCGCCACCCUCGAGUGCCCCAUCAUCUUCUUCUGCCGGAACAAUGGCUACGCCAUCUCCACGCCCACCUCGGAGCAGUACCGCGGGGAUGGCAUCGCGGCUCGAGGCCCCGGGUACGGCAUCCUGUCCAUCCGCGUGGACGGCAAUGAUGUGUUUGCCGUGUACAACGCCACCAAGGAGGCCCGGCGGCGGGCCGUGGCGGAGAACCAACCCUUCCUCAUUGAGGCCAUGACCUACAGGAUUGGGCACCACAGCACCAGUGACGACAGCUCGGCGUACCGCUCGGUGGACGAGGUCAACUACUGGGACAAGCAGGACCACCCCAUCUCCCGGCUGCGGCAUUACCUGCAGAGCCGCGGCUGGUGGGACGACGAGCAGGAGAAGGCCUGGAGGAAGCAGUCCCGCAAGAAGGUAAUGGAAGCCUUUGAGCAGGCUGAGCGGAAGCUGAAGCCCAACCCCAACUUGAUCUUCUCGGAUGUGUAUCAGGAGAUGCCUGCCCAGCUCCGCAAGCAGCAGGAGUCUCUGGCACGUCAUCUCCAGACCUAUGGCGAACACUACCCGCUGGACCACUUUGAGAAGUGAGGCCACUCGCCCCAAAUGAGGCCCCACAGACCUUAGGGUAGUGCCUCAAAUACCCCAAGAGGCAGCCCCAGUUUGAGGGGCAGACGGGACUGGCAGGGUGCCAGCUUCCUCAGCAGCUGCCUCCAGCACACACAGGAGCCAGGCAGUACUUGAGGUAUCUCCUGCUCCGCUAGGCUGUUACACUGGGGGGGUCCUUGGUCAGCCUCCUCUCCGCCCUGAGUUACAUGGGCUUCUCCCAGGGGCUGGGCGAGGGCACCUCUGGGGCUGGACGUGGCCGGUUAGCCUGUGGAGCUUGACUCAGGAUGAGAGGUCAGCACGCAGUGAAUAAACUCUGUCUCUGUGUUUGGC